AUUAUAAAUAUCAUUUAUUUAUUAUUUUAAAAUAUAAUUAAAUUACUGUUUAUAAAUUAUUAAAAACUUUAUAUUAUUUGUAAUCAGCACCAUCAAGCGUCAAAAAAUGUAACUAUUUCACUAUCCUCCAUAAUGAUAAUUGAAAUUUUCCUUAAUGUCAUAUUUGACAAUUAUAAGAAUAAAAUAUAAAACAAACUUUAUUGUAUAAUAGCCAUGCAUUUUUUGUGCGACAUAAUGUAUAUAUUUUACAUAUAAAAAACAGCAUAAUAUUAUGACAUGUUAUAGAAAUAUAUAUUAACAAAAUGGCAGAGAAAACUACAAUAGGUGGUAUUCCAGUUGAAUGUUUAACUGGAGAACCUGCAGCUAUUUGGUCUGGUUGGCGUAUAUUGGGAGAUAGAGAACUUGUUAGAGAAGCAUCUGCAAAAGGCACUCAUAUUAAUCUUGCUUAUAAAUGUUUAGCUUACAGAAGAAGAUGUUCUAUUGAAAAUGCUCAAUGUUAUUUCAAUAAAGAAGUAGAAAUUUGGAUUAUAGAACUUCUAAAAAGACAUCAAAUUUAUAAAGCUUCUCAUAUUUUAAAUAAUAUGAAUAAAGAUCCAGUAAAAUAUAUAUUUGAAGUUUGUGUAAAUUGUAAAGAUUAUAUGUUAAGAAAUUAUUUAUCAGAGCACUUAAUAAGUAUUGCAUGUUUUGAAAAUGAAUAUAUAAAUUCAUGGAAUAUAAUAAAAAGCAUUUCGCAAUUUGAACAAAAACAUAUGAUUAAAGAUGGUUUAAGCACUUCUUUAUGUAUAGAAGAUAUUAUAAAACUACCAGAAAUUGUAAGGCAAUCAUUAUGUACAGAAUUAUAUUUUUCUUUAAAUGAACAAUCUCUUUUAAAAAAUGUAACUAACAAUAUAUUAUGGGAUUAUUUAUUAUCAAAUAAUAAAAUUGUUCCCAUAAAGUUUUGGAUUGAUACUUAUUAUGGUAAUAAUACAAUAGAAGAAUCAAAUAUGAUUAACGAAGAAUAUAAGUUAUUGUUUAAUAGUUUAGAUAUAGUUCCAAACAUGAUUGAAGCUAUUGAUUCUUCAAGUGCUAGUACCCUUAUAAAAAAUUUAACUAAAAAUCAUUUAUGUAGGUAUGGUAUAUUUGUUAAAAAAGAACAACAAGAUGUAAAAUUAUUAUUAGCACGUAUUUUUGGAAAUGCAAUAUCAAUAUCAGAAUUCAACACGAUAUUAUCAUAUAAAUCUUGUAAUAUUAAUAGAAAUGAAUUUAUGAGCAGAAUUGAUAAAGAAUUAUGUCUGGCACGUUGUUUGAAUCAAAUAAAUAUUCAAGAAGAUAAAAUUAAAAUUGCUGAAUUAUAUGAUGCAUUAACAAAAAUGUGUGAAAGUCAAGAACAGAAUAUGUUAAUAGAAGGAAUUUUUAAAACAAUUUAUUAUCUUUCUGAUGAUACCAUUGAAUAUUUGAAAGAAAAUUAUUUAAUAGUUUUAGUAUUAAUAUUUUCAUAUUUAUCUAAAGAAAAUGCAGUAUAUAAUCAAAAUAAAAAUACAACUAUGAAACAAAAUAUAUUAAGAGAUAUAUUUAUAAGUGAAAAUGGUUUACAAUUAUGUGAUUAUAAUAUUUCAAAUGAAAUUCUUCAAAAUACAUUAGAACAAAUAUCAAUUCUUAAAUCUAUUAUAGAAAAAAAACAAAAGAAAGAAGUGACAAUAUAUGAAUUAUUAGAUGGUUACAAAAAUUUAAAUAUAAAACGUUUAUAUAAAUGGCGUUUUAAUAAUGAGCCUAUGCCUUAUUUUUCUAAUGAAAUUCUUGUUAAAAAAUAUGGAUAUACAGAAACAUUAACAUAUGAAUACUACUUGAAAGAAGCCCGUCCUAAUAUGGCUAUAUUUAGUUUAAAACAUUCCCAAGGAAAACUAAUUGGAAAUAUUUCUUGUAGAAGGAAACAUAAAGCAGCUUUAUAUGCACAUAUUUUUGCCUUACGAAAUUUAAAUAAACCAGAAAUAUUGCAUACUUGUAUUUCUUUCAUUGAAAUGUUAAAUAUUGAUUCAGAAAAUUUAAGACUUCAUAUAACUGUGGCAAAUUAUAUUGAUAAGGAAAUUAAUAUUUCUAUUGGAAAUUUACUAGAAAAUAUAAUUUAUGGAAAUGAAGAUGAUUUAAAAUCUGUAAUGGCUUAUCUUGAAAGUAGUUUUCAAAAAAAUUUUGUUGAAAGUUUGAUUGAUGAUAGUCAGCAAUUUAUAAAUAUAUUGAAGAUAUGGGAUAUUAUUGUACGAUUUGCAAGGAUGCACAAUUUUUCUUUGCCAAUUAGUUUAUUAAAAUUUUUAGCAAAUCAGAAUUUCUGGUUUGAAUUUGUGUUAGUUUGUCAGAUAUUUAAUUAUUCUUUGAAUCAGGUAUUGGAAAAUGCAAAACAUUUUGAAGAUACAAUUCUCAGAGAACAUUUGUUAACUUGUUUGUGCAAUGUUCAACUUACAAAAUCUCAAUUAGCUGUUUGUAGCGAACAGAAGAUAAAAUCACGAGAUCAUAGACAAUCAUUAUAUUAUAAAAUUGGUGUUAAACAAAAUGAAUCGCCAAUUUAUGAUUCUCCAGUAUUAACAGAUUCAGCAAGUACUUCUGAAUCUCAUGAUAUGUAUGAAUAUGCUAUAAAUGACAAUAUUUGUUCUCCAGAUGAUGAUUUAUGGUUGAUUAUUCUAAAAUGUCAUCAAAGCCCAGAUCCACCUGGUGCUUUAAUAAAUUCAUCUCGGUUAACCUUAAGACCUUUUCUUGCAGUUUUAGCAACUUGUUAUGAGCCAUCUUCAAUAACAGCAUAUUGUUAUUCUUGGAUGGUAAUAUCUACUACAGAUAAAGAAAUUCUUUCUAAUUAUAAUGAAUGUUUAGAACAACAAAUAUGGACAGCCAAUCAAGUUUCUAAUUUAUUAGAGCAAAUGGUAAAAAAUGGAUAUAUCAAUAUUCUUAAUAAAGCUUACAAAAUUUUUAUGCCUGAAAAUCUCUUUAAUUUAUUUUUUGAAUUUCUCGAACAAUGUGCAAUUUAUGGUAAUUUCAAAGAUUAUCAACAAAAUUUAUUGGAUUUUAAAACACAAUGUGUAGAUCUCAAAUUUAAUGAUGCAAUGGAUUGGAACUGUUCAGAUAUUACAUACUUGAAUAAUUUAUAUUGGAUUGCUACUGUUACAAUUAAAUGCGUUAUUGCAACACUCGCUUAUGGACUAAAAAGUUCGCAUUUGCAAAUAAAAUUCCUUGAAAUUUUAAUAAAAUGUAAUUUUCAUAAAAAUUUCCCAGUUUUCGUUCCAAACUUUCAAUCUUUCCUACAAAUUAUAAAAAUUCUUCAAAAAACUAAUGUCACAUUAAAUUUUGCGGCAUUCUCAGUAUCAGAUAAUAUUUAUAGUUUUGAUACAGAAAUUCAUAGAUGUAUUGAUGAUUUAAUAAGAAUCGAAAAUUAUGCUAGUGCUUUAGAAUUAUCAAAUGUUGUGGGAUUCAGUUUAUCUGAAAUAAUUUUAGCUCAGUAUCGAAGUAAAUUUAAAUAUUAUAUUCAUAAAAAUGAAAAAAUUGAAGAUAAUUUUUGGUAUGAAUGUGCAUUAAAUUUUAAAAAAUAUAAUAUUCCAUAUAAAGAAGUAGUAGAAUUUUUUGUUGAGCAUGCUGAAAAAGUUACUUCUCAUAAGGAAAGAUAUGAAAUAUUAAAACUAGCUUUUGAAACUUUAAAAAAUAUUGAAACAGAACAGCAAGAUAUUUAUACACUGGAAAUGGCAAUGUGGAAAUCAUGUAUAUUAGCAGGUCCCGAAAGUAUACAAUUAGAUAAUGGACCUUAUAUUUUUAAUAAAUUAAAAACAGAAUUAUUAUCAGGAUUAAAUAAAUUGAAAUUUAGCUAUACAUUAAAUAAUGUACAGGAAAGAAAUGCAGCUAAAAUUUUAAUUGAUACAUUAAUUGAUUUAGGUAAAUUAGAUAUUGCACUGAGAAUAACUACAAUCUUUAAUUUUAAACAUAAGGAUUUACAAAUUCUAAUAUUAUGUUUGAGUCUAGCAGAAGGAGAAAUUUUACCAAAUGAUUUAACUAUUGAACAACAAAAUCUUCUAAAAGAAGUAAAUAAGAAUAAACAACAAAAAUAUAGUGCCUUAAAGAAUCGUAGCUUACAAAGAUUUUCUUCAUCUUCUUCAUUAGUUACUUCAAUCAAUAUAAAUGAAAUGUCAAAAGAUAAAACAAACAUACAAGUGGAAUGUUUAUUAAUUUUACAAAAAUUAUUUGAUAUUCUGGAACAUGGCUUAGACAUAUGUCUUAGAAUUGUUCUAUGUUAUAAAUUAGCAAUGCAAUUAGAGAAAAGUUAUCAGGUAUUAUUAGUAUUAAACAAUCCAAUUCAGUUUUUACAAGAAGUUACAGAAAGUAAUAUUAAAGAUAAAUCUGAAAUUAUUAAUGAUAUAAUUAUUGCAUAUAAAAUAGAUAAUGAUACUGUUGCAACAUUUUUGGCUGAAAAUAUUACUCUAAACAUUACUUCUGCUGUAAAAGGUGGAUAUGAAAAUAAUAUUUGUUUAUGGGAAUAUUCUUUAAAUACGAAUUUUCGUGUUAUUAUGGAAUUGUGUAAUGAUGUUUCACUCCUCGGUUGGAAGCUUUUAAAAACGGUAAAUAAAUUACUUGGUCAUUCUCAUGGUGAAAAGACAAAUGCAUUAACCCUUAAAACAAUCGUGGAAUUAUUAAUACGAGCUCAUGAUUGUUUUACAACUUCUUGCAAUAUGGAAGGAAUUGCAUCAGUAUUAUGUAAAUGUCAAAUUUUCUCAAAUAUUUUACAAAAUCUUAAAUAUUGGACAUUAUUGGUCCGCCUUGUAACAGGUGUUGGUCGUUUUACAGAAAUGAAUUAUAUAUUUCAAAUUCUAAAAGAAAAUGAUCAAUUUGAAUUUUUACUUGGAAAAGGAUUAAAUAAGGUUACUGGUUUAGAAACAGCACUUUUGGAUUUUCUUAAACAUCAUUGUCCUGAAAAUAAAGAGCUUUUUACUCUAGUAGCCUUACAUUUUCGAUUAUAUCAUGAAUUAGCACUUAUGUGGGAAAAUGAAGCAAAAGAUUUAAUCAAAACAAUAAUAUCAGAUGCUACAAAAGAAUAUAAUAAAUUACAAAAUAAUGUUCAACAUGAAAUAAAAUUUAUUAAAACUGAAUAUAUUCAAAAACAGUUACAAUUAAUUAUAACUAAUUAUACUCAUGCAACAGAAUACUAUUUACAGGCUAAUAAAUUAAAUCUUGCUAGUCAAUGUUCUGAUCAAGUACAAUUAGUAGCUCUUCAACUUUCACUUUUUAAUACAUCUUAUAAUCAACAAGUAAUUUGUAUACUUAAUUUAAAACCUGAAGAUAUUGAUAAAGUAUUGUGUCAUAAUUUAAGUUUCUCUCAAAGUUUUAUUAUUGUUCAUGCUUAUAAUCACCAUGUAGAUUGGGCUAAUUUGAUUUAUAAUCAUUGUAUAUUAAAUGGAGAAACAAAAUAUUUAAAAGAUUUCAUAACAGUAAAUAAGCUCACUCCAGGUCUUGUACAAGAUUGUGUACGAAGAUAUAGAUUGGAAAAAAGUAUUACUCAUACUAUGACAAAUAAUAUGAAAAUAUUAAUUUCUGAAUUAUCAGAUGUGGAGUGUAAAUAUGUAUUAGCAAGUCAAUUAGGAUUUAAAAAUAUUGUAGAAGCAAUGCUUAAUAAUCCUAUGAUAGGUGCAUAUCUUAAAGAUACUGUAUGGAAAAAAGGAUAUAAUGCUACUUAAAUACCUAUAAUAUAUUCUAAAUAUAUAUAAAUAAAUAUA